AUGGCUACUUCAAAUAAUCACCAUGUUCUUGCAAUUGAUGUUGAAUGUGUCGCAACGGGUUACACACAUGAAGAUCGAGCUCCAUGCAGCGUAGCGAUUGUUAAUGAUCGUUGUGAAAUAAUUUAUUCGUCAUUGAUUAGACCAACAGAAAAAGUUGUAAGUGAUCUAUAUCCAUUUACAGGGUUAAAAAUCAAAGAUCUCGAACAAGCACCGCCACUCGACGAAGUUUUACAAAAAAUAUAUCCUUUUUUCGGUCCGACGACAAUCAUUGUCGGACAAAGUCCAAAAAAUGAUAUUAAAUGGUUACACCUACAAAAGGGCACACACUAUUCCGAUGUUAUCGACCUUAGCGAUUGGUUCAAAGCAUAUAAUCCACGUUUUGGCAACUUCAAUUUCUCUUCAUUAGCGCAUGAAGCGUUGACAUUAUUACAUGUGAAUUUAAAUGCUUCUAACGGACAUUUGGCUACUCAAGAUGCGAAAGCAUCGAUGCAACUGUAUUUGAAAUAUAAAGACGAUGAAAAAGCCAAAGAGGCUGCUCGUCAACUGUUGAUACGUACUCGUCCGGGUGUAUCGCCGUCGAAAGCUUGUAAUUAUAAAUAUGAAGGCGUUUGUUUAGCAGGAUAUUUUCCCAAAAUGUGCACUUGUGACCGGCCGUCAUAUUCGAGUGAUUAA